GCAUUUAGCAGUUUUCAGCGACUGUGAUUUUGCCGCGUGCGGCAAAAAUGUGAAUUUGCGAUAUUUUGCCGGUUUUACCCAUCAGAUUUGUUAUUGAAUUGAUGUAGAUUAAUUUUCGGAACACUUGUUUGGAAUUUCUUAGCUCAUUUUGCUCAUUUCAGCAUUUUACAAAGGGAAACGUGAUGAAACUGCUUUUACGUCUGCCAGCACAACAUACUCGUAGGUGCCUGUGACCGCUGCAAUGGAGGCGGGGGCGCCGGCCGAGCUGGGCGAGCCGACCAGCUCUGACCCGCUGGUGGCUCAGCUGCACCGCGCCGUGCUCGCCGACCAGCCGCGCCGCGUACGCCGCGUCCUAGCGCGCGGCUGCCGCCCGGACGCCGUCAACACAGCGGGCCAGACGCCGCUGUUCUGCGCAGCAUUCAGCGCGCGCCGCGCCGCCGUCGGUGAGCUGCUGCGGCGCGGCGCCGACCCCAACGCGCGCUGCGACGGCGGCUACACGGCCGUCCACGGCGCGUGCUACGCUGGCCGACUGCGCGUGCUGCGCCGACUGCUCGAGUGUGGCGGAGACCUGCGCCUGCACGACCUGGCCGGGCGGCGACCGGCCGACUGGGCGCGUCUCCAGCCGGACCCGCUGCGGCGCCGGCGCGUGCUGCAGCUGAUCGAGACGGCGCGGCUGGCGGCGCUGACACCCAGCGGUCGGGACAUGCUAGUGGAACGCUCCAACAGCUUUUCUGCCGGGACCGGUGGUGUGCGCACCCUACUGCGUCGGCUGAUGCCUCGCGAGACCCCGCGCCGCGCCGCCGCCGCUGCCGCGGAUGAGGUGGACCUCGCUGAGCUGGCUCGCUCGGUUCAGUCGGUGGGUUUCGGCGCAGUGUACUACGGAGGCGGCGAGGCGGGUCCCGGCGCCUUGGCCGUCCUCCCCCUGGCCACUGAGCGAAGCCUGGAGCCGGACCGGGGCGCACGCGGCUACCCACUCGGCGCCUACACGGAGAUGGCAGCGCGUAUGUUCCUGGGCACGCCCGUGUCCGUGCGCCGGAUGGUGGAACGCCCUCCGCCAGGCGCUCAGAAAGACCUGCUGAUUGCCGAACUGGAGUCGGCGCGGCGGCUUCACCACCCGGGUCUGCUUCUGCUGAUGGCUGUCUGCCCGUCGGAGAACCUGGACGCGGUGACGCUCGUGUUUGAGCGCGUGCCGCUCGGCUCUCUGCACCACUGCCGGUACACGUGCGGGCUGCGACUGGCGCACACCGCCGCUGCCGAACUGCUGCUGCAAGUGUGCGCCGCGCUGCAGUUCAUGCACGCGGCGCGCUGGCUGCACUGCGCCGUCACCUCACACGCGGUGCAGCUGCUCACGCCCGCACACGCCAAACUCGGCUGUUUGGAACACGCUCUACAAGUAUCCUCUGGCCCGCCUCGGCCGCAGAAACGGCUGCUGGCCUGCCGCGCCGAGGGAGCGCUCUACAACUGGCUGGCACCCGAGGUACUCCGGGACGGUGUCCCCACCGAAAUGGCCGACACGUACUCGUUCUGUACGCUCAUUUGGGAGCUGAUCCACGGCGAGGUGCCGUGGGACGGUCUCGGUGUGGAUGAGAUCAGCGAGCAGGCUGCGGUCGGCGGCUGCGCGCUGGCGAUCAGUCCCGAGCUCUGCCCGGUCAUCCUACGAGACGUGCUGGAACUGGGCCUGCGUGCCGACCCGCAGAAGAGAGAUCUACACCUGGACGAAGCCAAGUUCAUGUUGACGAACCUCCGCGACGGCGUACAGAGGAGUCGAUCGAAGGUCUCAUCUGCCCCGGUCGGUCAGACCCCGCUGGCUCGACCUGUGACCCCUGCCAGUCGACCCAUGACUCCUGCCAGUCGCCCGGCCACGCCAGCCUCCACGGGUCGCCGUCUGAAGCCGCCGGCGCCGGCGCCGCCGCGACACGUGACCCCUGCGCGGCUCUCCCGCACGCUGUCUCCCGACGCAUUGCGUCCGCCGGCCGGCCGCGAGCCGUCGCGUCAGGCGCGCACUCUGGACACGUCCUACUCUGAGCAUCGCACCUCUGUCUUCACUACCGGAACCUCAAAUGCCGCCGCCGCUGCUACUGACGACGCCGACACCGACCCGUACACGGGUCUGCGCCGGACGGCCACACCCCGUAUGCACCUUCGGAGUGCCACCUGGCAGACCCGACAACCCAGCCCGACCUCCAGCUGGAAGGAGGCGACCGCCAUCAAACCUGCCAGCCACCGUCUCACUCGUCACGGCUCAUCGUGUUCCCUGAACCGUCGGCAGGCGGCGUGUGCGAACGGCACUGCCGCCUCGCCCUGGCCGCCGGCGGAGUGGGACGGGGACACGCCGCCUGCCGGUCGCAGGAGGAUCGGCUCGCCGCGUCAGCACAGCGUCAGCUUGGACGGACAGGCGCCGCGUCCUCCCCGGUUCAGUCCCAGUCCGCCGUUGGUGUGCAGUCUGGGUCAGCUGAUGGCCCAGCUGGACAUGGACCACCUGUUUCCGCCGCUGCACGGCCACUCCCAGACGGCCGGCGGCCAGGAGAGGGCCCCGGCCGACCGGUCCCGGCCGCCGCCCUCCUCAGCUGCGGCCGCCGCUCCCCAGCCGCGGCCAGCGGCCGCCGCCCGCACCGUCCAGAACAACUCACCCGUGACGGUGCCGCGUCCGGCUGCCGACCGCCGCCGUCCCGACCACCUCCGUCCCGCCCCCGCCCGAUCCUACGGCUCAGCGGAGGCGCGCGGCGCCGACCGCGGCACGCGCUCCCUGCCGCGCCUGGCGCCUCUGAUCUCCGACCCGCGCGGAGUGACCCGCGGCCGGCCCGGCGCCGGCGCCGCCGGUCCCGGCCCGUCGGCGGCCGGCCCGUGGCGCCGGCGGGAGAUGGAGGUGCAGGCGUCGGCGGCCGUCACCGACACAGCGAGCCAGACCACCUCCGGGCAGCGGACCGGCCGCUGGCCGACAGAGAGUAGCAGCAGUAACGGGCCCGGCCGGAACAGCAGCUCGGGAACUGCUCCCAGCAGCACCAGCACCAGUGGUAACGGCGGACACGUGUUUACCAGUAACGGCAGCGGCAGUAACGGGCAGACCCAGACCAGCACGGAACCCACUCAGACCAGCAGCUCGGAACCCACACAGACCAGCAGCACAGAGCCUACGCAGACCAGCAGCGGUCAGAUGACUAACGGUACCUCUGGCUCCGUGCCCAACCACAGCCACCACGUGAGCACCAGUCAGGCUACCACUCAGACGGUCCGCAGCAGCACGGCACAGUCGACCAUCUCCAGUGACGAGCAGAUGGUCUCCUACAGUAAACAGAACUUCGCGGCGCGGCGCGAGUUCUUCAGCGGUCGCUGCGGCGGUGGCAGCACGUCGCACAGUCAGUCGGACAGUGCGCUGAGACUACCGCAGGGUGUGAAACUGAACCCGGCUCUGAUGUUGGUGCGCGACCCGCCGGCGCCGGCUGCCCCAUCGGCCGGCGCGCCGCCUAUGGACACUUCAUCCCCGACUGCGAGUCGAGCUCUGCUGCUUGGUCAGCCGCGGCCAUUCCAGCGCCCCGCCGGCGCCGCCACAGUGACUCGUGUACCGUACACGUCUCCGGGAGCCUCGCGUCGGGCGGAGGAAACGUCGGAAACCCCUGCUGAGCAAAACUCAGACCGCGAUCAACCAGCUUCCUCUGCCGCUACCGUCUCGGCGGUGACAUCCACCCCGCACAAACCUGCAGGAGCGCAGCCCGAACCACCAGCCGUGUCGUCUCUCUCAUCUGGUACCCCAAACAGCGGCGCGGCCGGCCACCGACUAAACGUCACCUUCCGCGCCGAGGUGCUCGAAUUCUCUGCGCCGACGCCGCCGGACGAACCUCUGCCCUCCCCGCCCGAGUCACCCUGCCCGGCUGCUUCUGAUGACGAGCGGUGCUACUAUGAUGAUGAUCUUGCAAGUCCGGACGCUCCUCCGCCCCACUUACAACUCCUAGAGCAGGAUCUACCCGAUCCUCCGCCCUCACCACCGCUGCAUCCGCCGCCUUACGCUGCGUGUCUGGACGACGGCGGGCGGGCGUCGCCGCUGAGUAUGGAAUUACCGAGCAGUGCGGCAGGAAGUGAGCUGGACGACCUCCCCGCGCUGGGACUGGGAGCUGAUGAGCUAGACGGAAUGGCCGAUCUGGAUGAUGAGCUCACCGAUCCUCUGACGCCUCUGCAUGUCUCUGAGAGCGGUGAGAGUGACGAUGAGCCGACCCUGGCGACGGUGACCGGUCCGAGAGACCGCCGAGGUCGUGAGGGAUCGCCCUGUAUCACCAGUUCUGAGACGACGCGUUCGGACGGCAGCCGUGUGCGUCUGUUCGAGGUCUCCUGCGAGCGCGGGUUCGAGACCCAGGUGGAGACGUGUGCCAGUCAGGAUGGCCAGUGCACGGUGACGUGUACGAAUACGAACCUGAACAGCGGAUCGACAGAGACCUACCGGCAGACGGUGUCGGCCGACCAGGUGCAGACGCAGAUCGUCGUGGCUGACAGAUAGAGCGUCGUCAGCGGCAGAGGGGACUUCGUCGACGACAGGUGAAGCGUCUUUACCGGAGUGUCAAAACCGACAUAUGAUUUGUCGGUGUUGCUGGAGAUGGCAUUUGGUGCGGAAAUCUGGAUAGAGAAGAGGCAAACCUUGGAUCUGAAGUGUAAGAUGAAAUGGUAAAGGAACAGAGUAGAGUGUUGUGAUGAAUUACGCACGCAGCUAUACCGUGCAAAAGCAGCAGGGUUGAUUGGGCAUUUGGAAUCUGCCUCUGUCUUCCAUGACAUCGGGUCCAUUUCAUACAGUAACGUGUGUGUGUGUGUGUGCUGAACGCUGCCAAAAGUGUGCCGACUGGGGAAUCUCGCGUUAAUCUCAGUGGUGCGUGUCCAUGAGUUUUACCAAUAGCGCACAGGGUUUUCACUAGUGGCUCUGUUAGCGGUGACGGGCGGGUGUGUCCGCGUGUGGUUCCUCGCGGGGAGUUGUGCUCUAUCUGGCGACGGUCAUUCGUCGCUCAGUGGCGUUUGGCGGCCGGGGUUCCUGUUGUCGCGUGUAAUCCGGCCUUUCGCCAACGGUACCGUCCAAGUGAGUGUCUUCCUUGGUGCGCGGGACGUUUUCCCAUGGAAUGAUGUACCGGACCUGCCUAAUGGAUGUAAGAGUCGAGGCGGGAUUCGGGUUGAGAGGUGCACUGCACAAGCACGGAUGACGUAAUCUGAGGAUAUUUUAGCUGUGAUUAGAACAGUAGCACCGUAGAUGUGCUUGUUCGCCAUUCCAAAUUCUAGUGCACGCUUGUUGCAAAGAGGUAGCUUGUGAGACUUGAGAGCUGCUAGGCCGUAGACCUGCCAUGAUUUGUGAUCCCAAAGAUCGUAUAGGAACAAUCGAUGACAUUAGAAAAGACAUCACGCUAGCCUAGUACAUCGUUGAUUGCAUUUGCGCUUUUACGUUCGGGGCUGUAAAUAUGUUUUUGCAAUACCAAAGACGCCGAGAAUCUCGCUUGAUUAGACGUGUUGUAGUUACUCCAGUAUUAAUGUUCUGUUCACUCAUUUUUAUUCCUUGUUUUUUAGUUCGUUCGCUCAGCCAUAGCCUUGCUAAUGUUGAGGGACACGCAAUAGUUGAUAUUAUUUUUGUUACACAAUCAAAUUUUAAUAAACAUCAAGAUGAA